CGGCGUUUCGCCGUUUCGGGGGAAAACUGCACCGAUACACCGAUUAAUGUUCCGUGGGGUUUUCGGUUCUAAUCCGUUGGAGGGGCUAUAAGGGUGUGGGUUCGUCGCCCUCAGAUGAUCAGCAGAGAAGAGAAGGAAUCAAAAGAACAACAAAGCACAGCACAACAUGGCGACUUCAAAUUUCACCCUCAACACCGGCGCUACGAUUCCCGCCAUUGGCCUCGGCACCUGGCAGUCCGCGGCCGGCGAAGUCGAAACGGCGGUGUACCACGCGAUCACGGUGGCAGGUGUGCGACACAUCGACUGCGCGUUUGCCUACGGCAACGAGGCGGAAGUAGGACGAGCAUUCACGCGGGUGUUUUCGGAGGGCAAGGUGUCGCGCUCCGAGGUGUUCGUGACGACGAAGCUGUGGGGAACGUGGCACACGCGCACCACCGAGGCGCUCGAGGCGUCGCUCAAGAACCUCGGGCUCGACUAUGUCGACCUCUACCUUAUGCACUGGCCCAUCCCGUUGAACCCGAGCGGGAACCAUCCUUUCUUCCCCACGAAACCUGAUGGGACUAGGGAGGUCCUCGAGGAUUGGUCGUUCGUUGAUACGUGGAAGGCGAUGGAGAAGCUGGUCGAUUCUGGGAAGACGAAGGCCAUCGGUGUGUCCAACUGUUCGAUCCCGUACCUCGAGCACCUCCUCAAGAGCGCGACGAUCGUCCCGGCAGUGAACCAGGUGGAGCUGCACCCGCUGCUGCCGCAGGAGAAGCUCGUGGCGUACUGCAAAGAGAAGGGAAUCCGGAUGACGGCGUACUCACCACUCGGCUCCACGGGCGGCCCGCUGCUGAAGGACGAGACGGUCAAGAAGGUGGCCGAGAAGCACGGUAUUUCCGUCGGCAAUGUGCUGAUCAACUGGCUCGUCGCCCGCGGCAUAGUCGCAAUCCCGAAAUCGGUUACUCCCUCGCGGAUCGAGGAGAACGCGAAGAUUGUCGCGCUCGACGAGGAGGAUGUCGAGGCCAUCUGGGGGAUCCACAACGCGCAGGGCGUCAAGAGGUUUGUGUCGCCGCCGUGGCCGGUCAGCCUCCUGUUCGAUGACGCGCCGUGGGCGGAGAACUUCAAGACGCUUUUGUAGAUGGCGAUGGGGGAGGAGUGUAAAAUACCUACAUAGAUCACUACUUGACCUUGAAUGAAUGUAAAUGUGUGCUGCAUCAAAGGAAGAAUUCGGGGAAGGUUCGGGGCGAGGGGUGGAAGCCGGAUCUUUAGAUCCCGUGUAAUGUAUAAACUCAACACGCACC